GGACAUGUAUAAAUGAGGCGAUAUGAUAAAAGUAUGUAUAACGCGUCUAGUUUUCAUAAGUGAGGCUGACAAGUCUGACAGAAUGAGGCUCGUGUUUAUAUUCAUAACUGUUUGCAUUGUGUCUGCAUAUGGCACCACGUUAAAGUUUGAAUCCUCUCCCUCUUCAGUCGAUGAUGAGAACGAGGUCGAGGCUCCGAAGCCAGAUGUAGCCCCCUCCUCAGUCGAUGAUGAGAACGAGGUCAAGGCUACGAAGCCAGAUGUUGCCCCAUCUUCAGUCGAUGAUGAUAUGGAGGACGAGGUCGAGGCUCCGGAGCCAGAUGUUGCCCCCUCUUCCGUCGAUGAUAUGGAGGACGAGGUCGAGGCUCCGGAGCCAGAUGUUGCCCCAUCUUCAGUCGAUGAUGAUAUGGAGGACGAUGUCGAGGCUCUGAACUCAGAUGGUGCCAACGUUGAGUCAAAAGAUGAAACGGAGAAUAAUGAGUUUCAGGCCCUGAAAUCGGAAGUAUCAAUGUUGAAGAGAGAAAUGACAAAAGUCCAACGUCGUCAUCUCAACCGUCGUCAUCGUCACCGUCGUUAUCGUCACCGUCGUCAUCACCACCGUCGUCAUUAUCACCGACGUCAUGGUUGCGUAUCUGGAACUGCACAGCUUGGGUAUUCGGCUAGACGAAACAAACAGCGAGUUAUGUACAUACGAUUUAGUAGACCUUUCCGCAGGACACCUGCUUUAGUUGUUGGAAUGACCUCACUGGAUACCUACAGGAGAAAGAAUGUGAGGGUAACUACGAAUGUACUCCAUCUUUCUGGACAUGGAUUCAUUUUGUAUAUUAAAACCUGGGGCGGCUCGAUUACCUACAAUGUAGUCUACACUUGGAUGGCGUGUCCAAAGUAGAUGCUCACAUAAUCAUAUAUGUACAAAUUCCUCUAUGAGUGUAUUCCAAUUGUAACUUUCUACAAAAUCCCUAUUACGUUCUUGUUAUUUCUUUAGAAUAUUAAACUUCAAACAAAAUAUUGUAAAUCUUUGUUAAUCAAUAACUAUAAGUUAGAUAAAAGAA